AGAGAGGAAAGUGCCAUAUGACUUACAGUUACAUACAGUGGGGUUCAAACGCGUGUUUAAAAUAGUAUACUUGUGUAAGCUGCUGAAUUGUGAUGUCCAGCAUGAUUUCAGUGAGAUGUCAACUCCCUUCAAAAUAUUUAAACAGACUCACACUGGAUGUUUUGGACCGCAUUGUGUUAUUUAUUUAUGUUGUUAUUUGAUAAACUAUCAAGCUUAAUUUACAAACAGAACUAGAUAAAGCCGAGAACGCGGAGUAAACGGGUUGUUUUGCAAAUGCAUUUGACACUCUCUCGCCUGCUUCCAGCCGUGAAGCGCACGCCUGUGAUGACGUGGUGCGCAACAUUUCGGUGACGUUCUCACUGUUGUUGGCGCGGUAAACACUGGCGAAGUUCUAAGCAGCUUUGCAUAAAACAGCAGCCCUGUUAAUCUCGGCGAUUCGGCGAGGCCUUUAUCGCAAUGCGCUCGGAAACCGCGUGAAACGUCGUCCGAACCGGGCCUGCACGUCGACGCCUCGAUCGAUGCGAAGCCGAGUUUGGGUUCGUGCUCGGCUGCUUCGACCAUCAUGUUAGUGAAUGCAACGCGCGGCUUCCUGUGGUCGGACAUGGAGACCCGAGCGCUGCUCAAUAUCUGGGGCGAGCACGACGUGCAGACGGCGCUGGACGGAAACUUUCGCAACAGCCACGUUUAUCGAGACGUCGCGAACCGUUUGUGCGAACUGGGCUUCGAUAGGACGCCAGACCAGUGCAGGAUACGGGUUAAGAGCUUAAAGAGGCAGUAUUUCCAAGCGAAGGAGGGAUCCAGGAAAAAUGGGCAGUACCACAAGAUGUGCAAGUUCUACGACGAGAUGGAGAGGAUUUUGAGCAAUAGAUCCUUUGUAGAGAGGCAGGAUAUUGAUAGUGUUGCCAUUGGGGGAGAUGAGACGAUGGAUGAAGAUGCUGAGAGUACUGAACUAUUGCACGAGACUCACAUGGAUGGCAGUGGUGAAUCCUCCUUUAUGGAGCAUCCAGUCAAAACUGAGUAUCCGUCCUGCCCCAUUCCGGUGACAGUGGGAGGCAUGAGUUCAUUUCCAGCCAAACAGAGCAGCUUACCGAAGACCAAUCCUCCCGCCACCUCCUCCAGCAGGCCACGGAGAACCAAGAAGCGCUUCGCCAACAUGUCGCUGGAGAAGCUGAUGGAGAAGUUCCUGGAGCAGAGCAUGGAGGCUGAAGACAACUUCUACCGGCUCGAGGAGCAGCGUCUUCAGGUGGAGGAUAAGCGCAGGGAGGAGGAACAUUCCAGAGAGUUACAGAUGCUGCAGAUGUUGGGGCAGAUUUUUGCUAGCAUCCGCACGCCCUCUCCAGCACCGACAGCCACUCCGCAGCCCUCUUUUAUCCCACAGACUAACCUCACCGUACCCCUCGCUCGUCCCUCUUUGGGAAAUCGUAACCAUCCGCCUGCCUUGAUUGACUUUGCCAGUCACAGCCAAGCAGCUGGCCCAGGUCUGCUCAUGGAAGAGGGUGAUUUUCAAUUCAUAGAGCGCUCUUUUUCCCUGGGCAGUUCGGGAAUGGAUAAUGUCAUUCCUCUCGUAAGAAACACAAUUCCUCCGCUGACAUCCAAAAAGCACAAGGGUCAGGAUGGACGCAUUGGGAUCAUUGGAGGAUGUCAAGAGUACACAGGAGCACCUUUCUUUGCAGCUAUUUCUGCUUUAAAAGUAGGAGCUGAUCUCUCUCAUGUCUUCUGCACCAAAGAUGCAGCUCCAGUCAUCAAGUCCUACAGUCCUGAACUCAUCGUCCAUCCAGUGCUAGACAGUCCCAAUGCUGUGGAGGAGAUUGAGAAAUGGUUGCCCAGGCUUCACAGUGUGGUUGUGGGACCGGGACUGGGAAGGGAGGACAUGCUUCUGAAGAAUGCUAAGGAGAUUAUUGAGAGGUCAAAACUCAGAGGAAUACCAGUCAUCAUUGAUGCUGAUGGACUUUGGUUAGUGGCAAAAGAGCCAUCAGUCAUUCAAGGCUAUCAGAGAGGCAUCCUCACACCCAACUUCAUGGAGUUCACUCGUCUGUAUGAGGCCAUGCAUCACGAGCCUCUAGACAGCAGCGACCACAAGAGAAGUGCACAGCAGCUGAGCAUCGCCCUGGGUCACCUGACCCUGGUUUUGAAGGGGGAGGAGGACAUUAUUACAGAUGGAAAGAACAUUCUGACCUGUAGUCAGGAGGGCAGUGGACGGCGUUGUGGAGGACAGGGGGACCUGCUGUCCGGGUCUCUAGGAGCCUUCGCCCACUGGGCCUUCAGCUCACCUUCAGAUGCAACUAAAGGCAUGAAUCCCUCUCUGGUAGCUGCAUUCGGUGCUACGUCUUUGACAAGGCAAUGUAAUCGCCAGGCCUUCCACAAACACGGCAGAUCAACCACCACCUCUGACAUGAUCCAGGAGAUCAACAGCGCUUUCAAGAAGCUUUUCGAAAGCUAAACUACAUCUCUCUCUGUGUGUGAGUGUGUGUGUGUUCAUUCAUCUUUCCAAGUCAUCAUAAAGACUAAAAGUCUGCAUCUCGAUGAUACUCGUAUAUGAUAAACUUGACGUACAUUGUUAAGCAUCCUUUUUUCCCUUUCCUUUUUUAUUUUCAAGUGCCUCUUGUAGUUCUGCAAUACAGUAUCAAGAACUUGUCCAACUUGUCCACCUUCAUGUCUGUGUGGUGGCUUUCUGUAAAAUCCUCCACCGUUCUGUUUAUUUAGUUUUUUCAUGUAUGUCUAUAGAUGUGCGUUCCGUUCGCAGUUGUCUAGAUUUGUAUAUGAUAACCCACUACCAGAUGGUUUUAACACCGUCCCUUUCUGAAUGAAUUGCCGUCUCACUACAAGCUGCAGUUUAUUUAUUGGGUUGCUUGAAAAUGUUUCACUUUCAAGUAUUCAAAAUCUAGCUUUAUAGUGGAUGUUGUCCUCACAUUAAACUGUUUAACAUCUUAUUUUUCCGUCAAUAACUCCCUCUAUUUAGUAUGUGCAGCAAAGUACAAAUAAUUGAAAGUGACUGUCACUUUUAGAUAUAGUUUGUUAUUCUGCGUAUUAAACUAACAUGGAAGUUUUAUUUA